GCACCGGUGGGCGGCAGUCACACUAACGAGCAACUCCACAGCAAAACAGCCGCAGCGGAACAACAAAAAACAUUUGUAAAAAAUGUCGCGUCGAGCCUCGUUUUAACCGGAUUUCAACCGUGCACCGCCUGGCCGUAGACGCCGCGAGGAAGACAGAAAGUGAGAAAGCAGAGCCACGAAGGAGGAGAAUCCCCGCACACGCACCUACAGCACACCGCACCGCAGGAAUACACUGCAGUAUUUUCACACACACACACUCAUCGAGGUGAGUGAGUGCGCGCGGGGAGGACCUUCAUCAGCACCAUCGCGGACAAUCAUGGACAAGGACAAGGAGAGCGGUGAGCAGUGCACCGUCUCGGUCUUUGACCAGACGCCCGGCUCCGAGCAGAAGAAGAUCAAUGUGGUGGUGCGCUCACACUAUACGGUGAAGCGAGUGAUUGACCUCAUCGGCACCCAGUUUCCCUACGGAAAUUUUGAGCUGUUACUGCAGCCACACAACAACAAGGAUCUGGUCAACCUGAAUGCCUUGGACUCACAGUUGCUGUACGAUGUGGAUGGCUUCGAGCGGCAGCUAAAAAAUCACUUGGUUCUGCUACCCUCCGGCAGCUGGGAUGGCGACGUAAGCAAACGCUUUGAGUUGCCCAUAAAGAAGGUAUUGGUGAAAAAGGCGGCUUCUACCAAGUCUGAGGAGACGAAAGCCAAGAGCCCGGCCACUGGCGAGAAGAAGAAGAUCAAGAAGAAGGUGGCUUCGGGCUCUACGUCACCAAGCAAGUCAAAAACAACGAGCGAGGACUCUUUGGCCAAUGGUAGCUUGGAGUCAAGCACAGAGAAACCUACCAAGACCAAGGCCUCGCCAGAAAAGAAGAGUUCCAAAUCCCUAAAAGCUUCAGAGGAAGCUCCCAAGGCUAGUCCCGAAGAGAGUCCCAAGAGCACUCCGGAGGCCACUUCCGAGGCGAGUCCUAAGAGCACUCCCGAGGCCACUUCCGAGGCGAGUCCCAAGAAGACCAAGGCUUCGAAAGAAAUUGCAGAAAUCAGUCCCGUCAAGCCUUCGUCGCCCAUUAAGGAGCUGGACAGCGAACCCAUUGACACUCUGACCAAAGCGGAUAUUUCCGAUCAACUGCAGCAGCUCAUCUCGCCUACCGAGGAUGCCUCAUCGGAGCUUUUCAUAUCGGAUGCAGAGCAGCUUUCAGACGAUGAUCUGGCCCUAGGCGCCUCUGCAAGUCCUACAAUGCUGGGACCGGGCUAUGACUUUGGUGUUCCCGCUAGCGAUAUGGAGGGAGGUGAUGGAGGUGCCACCGGAGAAGGGGAUCAGGUUACCAGUGGCCUAGAUGAUGGCAAUGAUCCGGCUGUAUCGAACUUUUACCGCCGCAAAUACGGCGGGGAUGACUUGCCUUCGUGGCAAAGGACCACUGCUGCUGAUUUUGUGGCCUCGGCCACCACUGAAACAGAGGGAGAGGCCACCCGGCAUGCCAAUGGAGGCCCUAGGGGCUAUGUGGGUCUAGUGAACCAGGCCAUGACCUGUUAUUUGAACAGUCUCCUGCAGGCUUUGUACAUGACGCCCGAGUUCCGGAAUGCUCUCUAUCGCUGGGAGUUUGACAAUGACAACGAAGCCAAGAACAUACCUUAUCAGCUGCAGAAACUCUUCCUGAACCUACAGACCUCGCCCAAGGCGGCGGUGGAGACCACGGAUCUAACCCGCAGCUUUGGCUGGGACUCGACCGAGGCGUGGCAGCAGCAUGACAUCCAGGAGCUGUGCCGCGUCAUGUUCGAUGCCUUGGAACACAAGUUCAAGAACACCAAGCAGGCGAAUCUCAUCUCUAACCUGUACGAGGGCAAGAUGAAUGACUAUGUCAAGUGUUUAGAGUGCAAUACGGAGAAGACGCGGGAGGACACCUUCCUGGAUAUCCCCUUGCCAGUGCGUCCUUUUGGCAGCAGCUCGGCUUAUGGCAGCAUUGAGGAGGCUCUGCGUGCCUUUGUACAACCGGAGACGCUGGAUGGGAAUAACCAGUAUCUGUGUGAGAAGUGCAAGAAGAAGUGUGAUGCCCACAAGGGGCUGCACUUCAAGUCCUUCCCCUACGUGCUCACACUGCACCUGAAGCGCUUUGACUUUGAUUACCAGACAAUGCACCGCAUCAAGCUCAAUGACAGAGUCACUUUCCCCCAAACCCUCAACCUCAACACUUUCAUCAACCGAAGCGGUAAUAGUGGCGAGCAGACUUCGCAGAUGAAUGGCACUGUGGAUGACUGCAGCACGGCGGACAGUGGCUCGGCCAUGGAGGAUGACAACCUAAGCAGUGGGGUGGUGACCACUGCCAGCUCCAGCCAGCAUGAGAAUGAUUUGAAUGACGAGGACGAAGGCAUCGACAUGAGCAGCAGCACCAGCAAGAGCGCCAAGCAGGGAUCUGGUCCAUAUAUGUACGAGCUAUUUGCCAUUAUGAUUCACUCGGGCAGUGCCUCCGGAGGCCACUACUAUGCCUACAUAAGGGAUUUCGAUAGCAACGAGUGGUUUUGUUUCAACGAUCAGAAUGUUUCCACGAUCACUCAAGAGGACAUUCAGCGUUCCUUUGGCGGACCCAAUGGCAGCUACUACUCGAGUGCCUACACCUCCAGCACCAAUGCCUACAUGCUGAUGUACCGCCAGGUGGAUGCCAAGCGUAAUGAGAAGGCCGCCAAGGUGGCCGACUUUCCAGAGCACAUCAAGACCCUGUUGCCAAAGUUGCAUUCAGAGGAGGAGACUCGGGUAACACGCCUGGGAAGACACAUCACAGUCACAGAUUUGGCUCUCCCGGAUUUAUACAAGCCGCGCGUCUACUUCUACAAUCCCUUGCUCAAGAAGAUGAAGAUUACGCGGGUCUAUGUCUCACAGAGUUUCGACAUCAACAGUGUCUUGAUGUCUGCCUACGAGAUGCUGAGCGUGGAACAAUUUGCGCCCAUCUCCCGCUGCCGUUUAGUGGCCUACAACUCCACCAUGGACACCAUUAUCCAGUCCCUGGAAAGUUGCACAGAUCCCACACUGACCGAACUGAGGGCCUCGCAGAACUACAGUUUGGAUUUCCUGCUGGAGUAUCGGGCCGAGGAUCAGCAGUUCGAGAUUUAUCCACCGGAUGGCAUCACCUGGUAUGUGUUUAUGGUAGAUCUAUCGACCAUGGCGAUGGACGGUCCCUUCCUGGUUUACUCAGCAGCGCGGGAGCGGGAGGCCAGCGACGUCCUGCGUCGCUCCAUCGCCGUCCGUUUGCACAUUAGUGAGCAGCCCUUCCUGCUCGCCACGGUGCGUGGAACGGUGCCCAAGGCCUUUGUGGCCUACGAUCCGCAUCCGACGCCCGAGGCGCUGCAGCAGCUACAGAAUCUGGCCAAUACCCAGUUCAAAUCCAUUACAUAUUUUUACUUAAACGUGCCCAACACGGAUGCAGCCAGCCUGGAGGUGCUGGGAGUGCCCAGCGUGGAGUCGAUAGAGUCUGCCAGUGGUGGUGACGUUGUGGAUGCCGCCAUGAUGAACGGCCUGGGACCUAGUCACGAAUCCUCCAGCAAUGAUUCCGAUUGGCGGCGCUACAAGCGGGAUCUGCUGGAGCCUCUGACCCAGCCCAGUCCCAGCCAUGGUCACGAGUCCAAUUCGGAGGACAGCAGCCUGAGCGACGGGGAUCGCACCCUGGUGGAGUCAGAUAACCUGGCCCAUCGCGGUGGCGGCGACAGUCAGGUAAGCUCCACCAGCCACUCGCCGCAGCUGUCCAGUCCCGAGGAUGAGGCCGCCUCCCACGAUGCCAUGAUGCGUGUUCAUGCCUAUUGCAAUGGCAACGGCAGCUAUGCGGCGGCGGCCGAUUCACUGGAUCCACUUCUUCUGCCCACCAGUACACCGCACUUCUUCCACGCCUCGCGAAUAGAGUGCGUGGACGUGGUGGGCACUGGUUCUAGCUCCGGCCAUCAAUCAGAUGAGGAGGCUCAGCUGAGGAAACCAACGCGCGCCUAUAAGUUGCUGGUGGGCACCCACAUGCGCAUGGGGACCUUCAAGCGCCACAUCGAGCAGCUGAUCCAAGUGCCCGCCGCCUACUUCAAGCUGCAGCGCAAGCACGAGAGCAAUCUGUCCAGCAACCAGAACAACUCGCUGGUCCUCCUUACCGAGGGCGAGACCCUGACCGUGGAGCUGGGAAAGACUCUACAGGCGGAUGAGUACAAGGCCAAGAUUCACUUCCUGCGACUUGGGGACUUGGACAACGAAACCUCCAAGCUGCCAUGCGUGUGUGAGUGGGUGUAUAAUGCCAACACUACCGCCGAGCAGGCCAAGCAGGAGCUGGUGGCCAAGCUGCACCGCAUGGAUGCCAAGUACGCCACACUUUCGGUGGAAAAUUGCCGCAUUUGGCUGAAGGGCGGACGCAGUCCCAUCAAGAUUCUGGCCAACGACGAGACCCUGUACUGUGACAUGCGCUCCACCAGCACAGCGGAGUUCAUUGUGCAGGAGUGCGAGGAGGGAGUGAAUCCGCAGCCCAAGGACGAUACUCUGACCAUAUUCGUGAGGCGUUGGUGUCCAGCAAAAAUGGAGUUUGGCAAGUUCCAGGAAAUUACCUUGGACCCGGACAGCGAAAUCAGACGUUCUUUAUCACAGAUCAGCGACAUCCCCGUGGACAAACUGAGCUAUAUGAAGGUGAACAGCAAUUUCCCCUGCACAAGCAUAUCAGCGGUGAGCGUCAACGACUCUGGCAGUUGGUACUCGGUACCGGCCAGCGUGGACAAGUAUCCGUUGAACACUACACAGGCGGCCAACAUCUACCUGUACAAAGAUAAAAGCGUGCCCUCGCGGGAACUGACGCUGGAGGAGCGGCGGCAGAUGAACGCCAAGGAAAAGGCUCGCUUGGACCGCGUCGGCUGUGUGUCAACCACGCGCUACUCUCAGCGCCGCGAGCGCGCUCUGAAGAUCUACCUGGACUCGCCGGAGAAGUCAAGCAACAUGACCGCCUCGGCGCCAAUGGACGUGCAUGUCGAUAACUAAGGCUGGCCGGAAGGCUGCCGCCAGAGCCGUGAUCUAGAAUAGAAAACACACACACAGUCGCCAGCACAAAGUAGAGUACACACCAAACCAUGUAUGUACACCUAAGCGAGGGCAGACCAUUAAAACCCAGAUCCUGGCAUCCCAGCGUCGGCUGCAACUGCUGGUCGCGUGUUUUCUAUAUACUUUAA